AUGGGUUCUGUGAUGUUGGACUGGAGGUUAUCAUGUCUUCUUCUGCAUGCAGCUGUUUUGCUGCUGCUCAGCAAGGGGGAGAGGAUGUGCCCUGCAAGUUGUCGCUGUGAAGGAAAGAUUGUUUAUUGCGAAUCUGGCAUCUUCCAAGACAUCCCAGAAAACAUCACCACAGGAUGCCAAGGUCUGUCCCUGCGUUAUAACAACCUGCUGGUUCUGUUGCCAUACCAGUUUGCUCAUCUAAAUCAGCUCAUCUGGCUUUACUUGGACCACAAUUCAAUCAAUUCUAUAGAUGCUCUAGCCUUCCAUGGUGUUCGCAGGCUUAAAGAACUGAUUCUCAGUUCCAACAAAAUAACCUAUCUGCACAAUAACACAUUCAGUGCCAUACCAAACCUGCGAAAUCUGGACUUAUCCUAUAAUCAGCUGCAAUCUCUGCAGCCUGGACAUUUUUAUGGCCUACGUAAGCUACAAAAUCUCCAUCUUCGAUCUAAUGGACUAAAACAGAUCCUAGUUCGCACAUUUCUGGAAUGCCGUAGCCUGGAGUUUCUAGACUUGGGUUAUAAUCGCCUGCGGAGCCUCACACGCACAACAUUUUUAGGGCUGUUCAAGUUGAAAGAGCUUCAUUUAGAGCACAAUCAAUUUUCUAGGAUUAAUUUCUUCAUUUUCCCACGCCUUACCAAUCUGCAGGCUCUUUAUUUGCAGUGGAACCGCAUACGAUCCAUCAAUCAAGGCAUGCCCUGGACCUGGCACAAACUACAGAGAUUGGACCUUUCGGGGAAUGAAAUCCAAAUGUUGGACCCAGCUGUUUUUCAGUGUAUGCCAAACUUACAAAUUCUCAACCUUGAAUCAAACAAACUCAGUAGUGUGCCUGUGGAAGCUGUGGCAGCCUGGACUUCACUGACAAUUAUCAGCCUGGCUGGUAAUGCCUGGGACUGCAGCCCUAGCAUCUGUCCACUCAUGGGAUGGCUCCAAACCAUCAGAGACUCCAAAGACAUCAGCAUGAUAUGCAGCAGUCCCAAGUCUGUGCAGGGUGAAAGGGUCGUGGAUAUAGUGAGGAACCAGUCAACAUGUGUGGAUCUGGCUCGUACUGAGUCACCUGUACAGAGAUUAACGCCCUCACCUGUCCGCCCUAGCUGGAAAGAGAGAAAGACAACAGAGUCCACUACCCUGAGCACCACAUCACCCAUCUCCCCAGAAGCCCCUACAUCGUUUAUCCCAGAGAUACCGUUUGAACAUAUGGCUUUCCAUAAAAUCAUUGCAGGCAGCGUAGCCCUGUUUCUGUCAGUGUCAUUGAUCCUCUUGGUUAUUUAUGUCUCAUGGAGACGCUACCCCAACACCAUGAGGCAGCUGCAGCAGCACUCAGUCAACCAUAAGCGCAGGAAAAAGGCUCGGAAGCAGGAGCAGGACCUGAACUCUCAGUUGCAAGAAUACUAUCUGAGCUACCACUCAAACUCAGAGACAAUGGACUCCCUGGUGAAUGAGACAAGGCCGUGCACGUGCACCAUAUCAGGGUCGAUAGAAUGUGAGGUCUGA